AUGGAUAUGGAAACCAGUUCAGAUCCAACGUAUUUACUACCAGAUUAUUCAAAAUUAUCCGAUAGUCAGUUUACACAAAAAUUAUUAAAAUCAACAUCAACUGUUAUGAAUCAAGAUGACCUGUCUUUCAUCUUAAAUCAGAAAGAAAUAUUCGUCAUGAUUCGUCAACUUACACAACUUUUUAAUAAAUUCAAUUAUUCGAAAUUACAAUAUGAACAAUGGUCUUAUUAUCUAAGCCUUGGCUUAACAGAAGGUAUUUGGAACGGUCGAGUAUCGAAAAAAAUGGCGGUUGCAAAUUCUAUGUGUUACACAUAUGGUCGAUCAACAACUUUAAUCAAACAACAACUCAAGAAAUAUAAACAACAAUUCGAGAAAAAUCAAGAAGCUAUUUAUGAACAUAUGAAACAAGUGCCAUCCAUUAUUAAUAUGGAAAUUAUUAACAAUAUAAUCAAUGAUUUGGUCAGUGAAGAUCAACAUCAAUUACAUGCUGAACUUGAACGACGAAAAAUAAUGCUUCGACUGGAAGCUGAAGAACAUCGACUGAUUGAAAACUUUUAUGGAUUAAAACCAAAACAAACUGAGAUAAGUUCAGCAAAAGUUAUAUGGAAAGCCAUCCAUGAACAACAAAACAUUAUCAAUGAAAUGACUUUAUUCAAAAAAUGGCAUGAACUUCAUGAUCAGGAAUCAUCCUAUACUCCUCAGGGUGUACAAUUACCGACGAUCAACCAUAUAUUUACAGUACUAAGUUUUCAACGACAAACGUUCACAGCCGAAGAAAUUGCUCAACAGACAUUCAAGAAAGUCGAAGAAUUCGCAAAACACUACAGUGUCAUUGCAAACAUGGAACAAACCAAACUACAAUCAACAAAAUUAAACCAUAGAAAUUCUGCUCUGCUUGAGCAAAUCAUCCAUGUCAUCAAUGAACGUGAAAAUAAUUUAAUAACACGUCUUGCUUAUGAACUAGAAGAAAAAAUUAACCGAUUAUUGAGUCAUACACCAAUUAAACAAACGCAUGCACAACAUAAUACAGAAACUCAUUUAAUAAUGUAA